AGGGAAAAGAACAUGGACGCUGAAAGUUUCAUUCAGCACGUUGAACGAGAAGUGGAGGGCACCUCGCCGCCGUUAUCAGUGACCGCCGACUGGCUGGAGGACGGAAACGAGACGACUGGGAAUCAGUUCCAGCAGCCUGACUGGCAGGUGGCUCUGUGGGCUAUAGCAUACUCCCUCAUCAUCCUGGUGUCCAUCACUGGGAAUGUCACAGUCAUCUGGAUUAUUCUGGCUCACAGACGCAUGAGAACUGUGACCAACUAUUUCAUUGUCAACUUGUCCUUCUCUGACGCUUCCAUGGCAACCUUCAACACUCUUUUUAACUUUGUCUACGCGCUUCACAACGACUGGUACUUUGGCUUGGGCUACUGCCGGUUUCAGAACUUCUUCCCUAUCACUGCCAUGUUUUCAUCAAUAUACUCAAUGGCUGCCAUCGCGGUAGACAGGUACAUGGCGAUCAUCCACCCUUUAAAGCCCCGCCUCUCCUCCACCUCCACAAAGGUUGUGAUUGCUCUCAUAUGGAUUGUGGCAAUCUUACUGGCUUUCCCUCAAUGCUAUUACAGUGUAACAAGAUUUUACUACCCCAGAACUGUGUGCAUGGUCGACUGGCCAGAUGAUUAUGGAGGAACACAUCAACUGAGUUACCAGUUUGCAGUGAUAUUGCUGAUCUACUUGCUCCCUCUGCUGGUGAUGCUGGUAACCUACAGCUUAGUCGGCCGGACGCUGUGGGGUGGGCACAUCCCUGGAGAGGCGACAGACCAUUAUCACAGCCAGCUUACAGCCAAGAGAAAGGUAGUAAAGAUGAUGGUUGUUGUGGUGGUGACAUUUGCUCUGUGUUGGCUGCCCUACCACAUCUACUUCAUACUCGGAUCCUUCAACAGAGACAUUUACAAGCAACAUUAUAUUCAACAGGUUUAUUUGGCCAUAUUUUGGUUGGCAAUGAGUUCAACUAUGUACAAUCCCAUCAUUUACUGCUGCCUAAACCAAAGGUUUCGUUCUGGUUUCCGUCAUGCAUUUGCUUGGUGUCCAUUCAUCAAAGUGUCAGAGGAGGACAAGAUGGAACUGCAGCAUGCACACACCUUCAGAGUCACCAUGACACGCAGCCACCGCAACAACAGCACACAUGCACACACCUCCAUCAAAACCAACAGCACCUCCGAUACAAACAUGGCUGUCAGCACUCAGCUCUACACUGACAGAAAUGCUUGCAUACAGCUUAAAAAGCACACAUCAUCAAAUACAUUCAGCACACACAACAAACAUGUGGCGAACAGCCAGGAUGAUACAAAUUCUGCAGCUGCCAAACUCAUGGACAACACCCACUGA